AUGGAAUCCAUCAACGACCCGAAGCGAGUCGUCCUUCGUUUCAGCGAUCAAUACUGGCUUGAGGACGCGGCAAUAAAUGAACAAUUCUUCGCUCUGCACGGCCCUGAACCUCUAAAUGAUUUCUACUCUCAUUUAAUCCCCUCCAACGAAUCUUCCAAGAUGUAUAUUAUUCUGGACAUCCACUGCAACUCACACCCGACCAUCGACGACAGCACGAUAACAUACGAAGUCUUCAAAGUAAGAAAGAACGGCAACUUCAAAUUCGAACAACUAAACGCUGCUGCAUGCCAAUACGCUCGCAAGCGCUGCCAGUUGAUGGGGGUCAAAUGGGGGACCGACCAAUCUUAA